GCGUUAUAACUCAGGAGUAUAGAGCAAAUGGCUGACUUGUUUAGAAUAGAUAAGUACCAUGUUUAAUUCAGCCCUGCUAUCUGAUCCAUCUGAUGGAACUUCAAAAAGGUUUUCAGUUCCUAUUGUUCAGGAAUUGGCAUCUCAGAACCUUCGCAACCUUCCUCAAAGGUAUAUCAGAUCAGAGAAAGAGCGCCCAAAUGCCUUUCCUCUUCAUCAUUUGGACAUUCCCAUAAUUCAUAUGGAUAUGUUUUGGGGGGAUUCAGAUCUCUGUAGGCAAAAGGAAUUAGAAAAACUUGGAAUGGCAUGCCAGGAAUGGGGAUUUUUUCAGGCUGCGAAUCAUGGAAUUCCUGUGUCUCUGACUGAAAGGAUGAAGGGAAUUGUAAGGGAAUUCAUUCAACUACCUUUGGAAGAAAGGCUCAAGUACGAAAAGCAAGAGCGUGAAGGCUAUGGCCAGAGCUUUGUGGCCUCAGAUGAUCAAAUACUGGAUUGGGCAGAUACCAUUUACUUGGCAACUCUACCUCCAGAGAAAAGAAAAAUGAGCUUUUGGCCAACACAACCAGCCGAUUUCAGAGACACUGUGGAUCAAUACGCUGUUGGAAUUCAAAAGCUUGGCAAUACUGUUCUUCGCCUUCUAUCGGAGAAUGUUGGGUUAAAACCAGACUGUUUCAUUAACGCUUGUGGCAAAAUGGGACAGAUGAUGCGAAUGAAUUACUACCCACCCUGCCCAAGACCAGAUCUAGUUUUAGGAAUCAGCCCUUAUUCAGAUGCAAAUGGUUUGACAGUGUUGUUACAGGAUGAUGAAACAGUAGGGCUACAGAUAUGUAAGGAUGGUGAAUGGGUUCCUGUUCAACCUAUCCCUGGUGCCCUGGUAAUCAAUAUUGGGGAUAUGCUUGAGGUAAUGCCGACGAAUUUUACUAUUCUUUAAGGAAAAACAAUCAAA